AUGUACCUGGGGCGCAAACCAGACAAGGUGAAUCCUGAAGAAGAGAGGCUAGCACGUUGGACCACGUGUCACCUGUCUGGCGAGCCACUGAGUCGCCCCAUUGUGGCGGACGAGCUGGGGAACCUGUUCAACAAAGAGGCCUUGCUACAGGCCCUGCUCUCCAAGUCGCUGCCGACAGGUUUGAAGCACAUCCAGGGUCUGAAGCAUGUCGUGGAAUUGAAGCUGGAAGAGGCCGGCUCGAAAGGCGGCAGCGCUCAUUUCGUCUGUCCUGUCACGGGUCUGGACUUUAAUGGCAAGGCCCGGUUCCUCAUCCACUUCAAGACGGGGCUGGUCGUGAGCGAGCGUGGCUGGAAGGAGGUCCCAAAGGUAGUGGAGGAGCUGGCCGCCUCCCCGUGCACUCCUGAGAGCUGGAUCCCAGUGAACCCCACCGGGGAGGAGGCCGCCGCCCUGGUCUCGGCCCUGGCUGCACGGCGAGAGGCGCAGCGCGCCAGCAAGAAGGAGAAGCGCGCCGUGGGAGUGGCCGCCAGCAACGGUGGCACGGGCGAGACCGCGGCCGAGCCAGGAUCCAAGCGCGCCGGACCCCCGACCGCCACGCUGCCCGCCGCCCUGGCGCCCAAGAAGUCCAAGGUGUCGGAGCUGGCCCCUGCCAACGCCAACAAGAAGAUCUGGAACAGCAUCUUCACACAUGCCAGUGGCCUGGGUCCUGCCGCCGACGGCUACAUGCUGCGUGGCACAGCGUCGCGUGGCAUGAAGAUGGCCUGA